UUCUCUUAUAUUCCCUUCGAUUUCACCUUCCUCGUUAUCUCUGAAGCGUACAGACAUAAAGAGGUGUGUGGAAGUUUCGUCUGUUUGCUUCAGAUGCAUCCUUCAAGAAGGAAAGUUCCAUUGUUCGACACAGCAGCUGCGAUGAAGCAGAGGAAGAACGGAAAUCUCUCCAUCUUCGUCGUCGUCUUCUCCAUCUUCCUCUUCGGCGUUUUCAUGUACAACGAGGACGUGAAAUCCAUAGCCGAGUUCCCGUUCUCGAGCUCCAAGCCCAGCGAUCCCCGAGAGAGUCACCAGGAGGCGAAACCGAAAGAGACGAUUUUGGUGGAUCAAGAAUCGGUCAAGAGCACGAACCCAGAUCAAGAAUCGGUGAAAAACGCAGACCCAAUUCAGGAAUCGAUCAAGAACGACGAGGAAACGACGGUUACGACGACGACAUUGAGUGUGGAAGAGCAAACUGAGGAUGUUAAGGAGGGGGAAACAGAGGAGGACAAGAAGAUAGAAAUGGCGGUGGUUCCGGAGGAAGAAGACGACGGAGAGGUGGAGAUUCCGCCGGAGGAAUGCGAUCUCUUCACCGGAGAAUGGGUAUUCGACAACGAGACUCAUCCCCUGUACAGAGAGGACCAGUGCGAGUUUCUGACGGCGCAAGUGACGUGCAUGAGAAAUGGGAGGAAGGAUUCUCUGUAUCAGAACUGGAGAUGGCAACCCAGAGACUGUUCUCUGCCAAAGUUCAAAGCGAGAUUGCUGCUGGAGAAGCUAAGAAACAAGAGGUUGAUGUUCGUUGGGGAUUCACUGAACAGAAACCAGUGGGAAUCGAUGGUUUGCUUGGCCCAAUCUGUGAUUCCUCCUGGUCAGAAGAGCUUGAACAAGACCGGCUCUCUCUCCAUCUUCAGAAUCGAGGAUUAUAAUGCGACGGUGGAGUUCUACUGGGCACCGUUCUUGGUGCAGUCGAAUUCAGACGAUCCAAACAUGCACAGCAUCCAGAACCGUAUAAUAAUGCCGGAGUCAAUACAAAAGCAUGGGGUCAACUGGAAAGGCGUUGACUAUUUGGUCUUCAACACUUACAUCUGGUGGAUGAACACUUUCUCCAUGAAAGUCCUACGAGGAUCGUUCGAUAACGGGGACACGGAGUACGAUGAGGUGGCACGGCCGGUGGCGUACGGAAGGGUCCUGAAGACUUGGGGAGAAUGGAUCGACCAAAACAUUGAUCCUAACCACACCACUGUCUUCUUCACCAGCAUGUCCCCUCUCCAUAUCAAGAGCUUGGAUUGGGAGAAUCCAGACGGGGUAAAGUGUGCGUUGGAGACGACACCGAUACUUAACAUGUCCAUGCCGUUCAGUGUAGGGACGGACUACAGGCUGUUUGCCGUAGCAAAAAACGUCACACAGUCCCUCAGGAUCCCGGUUAAUUUCCUCAACAUAACGAGGCUGUCUGAAUACAGGAAAGAUGCUCACACUUCGGUCUACACGAUCCGGCAAGGGAAGAUGCUGACGCCGGAGCAACAAGCCGAUCCGGCCACCUACGCCGACUGCAUCCACUGGUGCCUCCCGGGUUUGCCCGAUACGUGGAACGAGUUCCUCUACACUCGCAUCAUUUCGCUCUCGUGACCCCCCCCCCCUCCUCCCAGAAAAUUUUUGAUGUUUUCGAGUUUCUUUCCUUUUGGAAAAGAACCUUUGUAAUGUUCAUCAUCUUCUUCUUCGGGGGUGGAAUUGUGAAAUGUUAUCAUUUUUCUUUACCUUUGAUUUCUCAUAGAGGGAGAGGGUCCAUAGGAUGAAAUGUUUGAGGGGAUUUAACUUCUUUUAUCUUUUUCUUUUUUUAUUUUGUUUUCGUUAUCCAUUUCGACUGAGGUGGGAGCCAAAGGAUGCCAAAAUGUUAUGUCAAUUUCGGGCAAAAAUUUGCCCACAUCCACUGUAUUGCAAAUCUGUGUAGAGAUGAAUAAACACGACGGUCAAGAUGUAUUCCUGUCUUCCA